AUGAUCGAACUUGGCCUGCAACGCAUCUCUCGCUUACUGGCAGCGACACCGCUCCCAUGGCGAGCUGUUCAUGUGGCUGGGACGAACGGCAAAGGCUCCAUCUGCGCAUAUGUCUCCGCCAUGCUUGACGUGUACAACAAGUCGACUUGGAGGAGCCGUCGCGGCGACCCUCCCAUCAACUUUGGCAUGUUCAACAGUCCACAUCUCGUCGAUCGGUGGGAUUGCAUCUCCAUCAACCAGAAGACCAUCCCAGCUUCGGCCUUCCAUGACAUCGAGGCCAACGUGCUGCGGCGGAACGCGGAGGAAUCGGUCGGAGCUUCGGAAUUCGAGUUGCUGACAGCCACUGCCUUCGAGGCUUUCACGACGAAAUGUGUCGACGUUGCCGUCGUUGAGGUUGGCUUGGGUGGGCGCUUGGAUGCAACAAACGUCAUCGGCCAAACCGAGCAACGACCCCCAGAGGCGCAACGCUUCAGACCUCCGCCGCUCGUCACCGCGUUCGCGAGCAUAGGGCUUGACCAUCAGGAAUUUCUUGGUCAUACUUUGGAGGCGAUUGCGGCUGAGAAAGCAGGCAUCCUGAAACCGGGCGUUCCUGUCGUCUACGAUUGGUCGAAUCCAGCGAAUGUAAAUGAAGUGAUUCAUGCCAUGGCAGAAAGAUUGCGCUGCGCUGCCGAUGGCCAGCGCUACGAUGUUGGCCAGCGAGCUAAGCAUCUGGGCCUAACCUCUCUCCUCGACGCGCCUUCGCAUGUACGCCACAACUCCGCCGUAGCACUUCAAGCGACUUGGUGUGCUCUCGAAAGACUAGGACGCAUGCCCACCUCAGAUACAAAGAAGGCAUCAGCGUUAGACGACCUCGAGCGCGACAUGCUGAAAGUGGUUGAAACUGUCCGCUUCCCCGGACGCCAACAGACAAUCAGUAUACGACAGCUCACCGGACGUCAACAUCACGUCCUACUCGAUGGCGCCCACAACCAUCAAUCAGCCCUCGCACUCGCUCAAGCCGUCGGUAAACUACGUGGCGGUGCCGGCGGUCGAGCUUCCGUGACAUGGGUCUUGGCUGCUUCGGGUUCGAAAGAUGUAAAAGAAAUCUUGUCGCCUUUGAUCAAAAAUGGCGACUCUGUCUUUGCCGUUGAAUUUGGACCCGUUGAUGGGAUGCCUUGGGUGAAGCCUCUACCGACUGCUAAGCUAUUGGAUAUGUCAAAGGCUCUGGCACCAGAAUCGCUGUGUCUCCACGAUCAUGGGAACGAUUUGCGAUCCGCCAUCCAAGCAGCAAGCGAUCGAGCUGGCGAAGGUCCGCUGGUCAUCGCUGGAAGCCUGUAUCUCGUUGGAGAUGUAUUGCGGCUGCUUCGAGGUGAUUGA